CACCCACUGAAACCUCGAAGUGCUUUUCAUUUAGAAGAUACGAGAGAGAGAGGGGAUAGGAAAGAAUCCUGCCUAUACCACUGGUCUGCAUCGCUAACCUUGAAUCCUGGUUUCUAAAUUCCACCUCCACUCUGACUGAGGACCUCUGGAUCUUGAGGAAACUUUGUUCUUAAUUUCCACACUGAUUAGUCAACAGUGGAAAAUCUGAAGAGAUGCAAGCAGGAAAAAGAAAUUAACCCAGGCCUGAGGAGCAAUGCGACAGGCAUGAUGGAGGUCGAGUCCUCCUACUCGGACUUCAUCUCCUGUGACCGGACAGGCCGUCGGAAUGCUGUCCCUGACAUCCAGGGAGACUCGGAGGCUGUGAGCGUGAGGAAGCUGGCUGGAGACAUGGGCGAGCUGGCGCUCGAGGGGGCAGAAGGGCAGGUGGAGGCAAACACUUCAGACAAGGAGGCUAGCAACCAGCCCCAGAGCAGCGAUGGCACCUCCUCAUCUUGAGACUGACUUGUCCAAGGAGGCUGGAAGAGAGACCUGCUCUCCUCUACUGGAAGGGGAACCCUGGCACUGGCCUGGCAGCCUCUUCUAUGAGCCCCGUGUCCCAGGCAAGCCAGGUCAGACUGAGAGGGCCCCCCACAGGCCACUGUGGCCCCCACUCUGGGAAAGCCCUCUGCCCACACCCACAGGAUCCACAUCCACACCACCACUGCUAUGCCCAGGAACACUUUCAAGUCACUGUAACCGCAGGAUGUUAUUUAUUCAGCUGGCGCUGAGACUCACCGCAGGGCCCUACAUCCCAGGGUGAGCAGCCCAUGCAGGAACACUCCUUUUGUCCGCCUGGGCAGGGACCAUGUCCCAACACUGACCCCUUCUCUCCAUUCCCAACCUUCUGGGUCAAGACCUUCUUAUCCCUUUUUUAAAAAACACUUUUAAACUUUUUAAAAACUUUAAACAUUUUUUCAGCAGAGAAGGAAGAAGUUGACAAUCAAUUUACAUUUUUUUAAGCCAUCUUAAGCUAAACUCUCACAAUCUACAUGGGCAGCUCUGAGGUUCCCUCAUGGAGCUUCACAGAUCCACUUUUAGGGAAGGGAUUUUGGCUCAAAACUAUCAGACCAAUUCUUUGCCCUUUCUACCAAGAUAAGUGACACCUAGGACCCAGGAAAUAAAUGCUGAUGAUCUAUGUGA